AUGUAUUAAAUGAAUCCGCUGCUAGGUCACAUCAUCAUGUUCAUGUAGCAAAAUAUUUGAGUCAAAAUAAUCAUCUCUAAAAUUUUAAUUUAUAAUAUUGAUUUUUAUGUAACGAACUGUUUCCACGACUCGGUGACUUCGUUAAUGGCGGCCGUUUUAAUAUUGCCUAGACUCUGCGUUCCUAUUUAAGAGGGGGCAUUGGGCGCUUCUCUUCUUGCUGUGCUGUGAGAUUGUUUCAUUUCGACACAAUUUGCUUGGAAGCUAGAGUAUUUGCUGUGAAGAUUUUGUGGAUUAAAAGAGGUUUUUGAAUUUGUUUCAAAAUGGAUAAAUUGCUCGGAGAUAAAAAGAAGGUUGCGAUUGUCGGCGGCGGAGUGGCCGGCUCGGGGUUGGCCAAGAGCCUUCAAGAUCAUGCCGAUGUCUAUCUUAUCGAUCCGAAGGAAUAUUAUGAGAUCGCUUGGGCUGAAAUGAGAGCUACUGUUGAACCAUCAUUUGCAGAAAGAACAUUGAUUAAUCAUGCAGAGUACCUUUCCAAGGCUCAUGUUAUUACAUCUGCUGCAACUAAUAUCACAGAAAAUGAAGUUACAACUGCAGAUGGCCGUUGUGUUGGGUUUGAUUAUCUUGUCAUUGCCACUGGUCAUGCUGGCGGUCCUGAAUUUACAAAAUCUGAGAAGAUCCAUAAGUACGAAGCAGAACAUGACAAGAUAAAAGCCGCGAAAUCAGUUUUGAUCGUUGGAGGUGGACCAAGUGGUGUAGAACUAGCAGCUGAAAUAAUUUUUGCCUUCCCCGACAAAAAGGUAACUUUGGUGCAUAAAGGGCCAAGAUUGCUGGAAUUCAUUGGAGAAAAGGCUGGAAAAAAGGCACUGAACUGGUUAACUUCAAAGAAGGUGGAAGUCAUCUUGGGUCAAUCUGUCGACUUGGAGUCUGGAUCGGAUGGUGUUUUUCAUACAUCAGGUGGAGAGACAAUUCAUGCUGAUUGUCAUUACCUUUGCAUCCGCAAGCCAUUGUCUUCAUCAUGGCUAAGGGAGACUUGUGUGAGAGAUAGCUUAGAUGCUCAAGGAAGUGUAAUGGUCGACAAGCAGCUCAGGGUUAAGGGUCACAAUAACAUUUUUGCUAUUGGAGAUAUCACCGACGUUCCUGAAAUCAAGCAAGGAUACAUAGCUCAGAUGCAUGCUGCAAUGGUUGCUAAGAACUUGAAGCUGCUCAUGAAGGGACAAAGCGAGAGCAAGCUUUCCACGUACAAGCCAGCUUCACCAUUUGCGCUCGUUUCACUAGGUAAAAAGGAGGGAGUGGGACAGGUUAUGUGCUUAACUUUGAGCGGGCGCAUUCCUGGCAUGAUAAAAUCUGGGGAUUUGUUCGUCGGGAUGUCCCGGAAGAGUCUUGGCUUGAAAGCAAAAUAGAGUGAAUGAGCUGAGGAGAGUUGUGUUGUGAGUUAUGGUGCAUAGGUCUGAAAUUCUUCAACAUCAUUUUUGUGUUGUUUCCAUCUUCCCCAUUUAAUUUUCAGCCUGUAUUUGAUAAUAUUCCAUUCAAUGUAUUGUGUGUUUGCGUUUUCUUUUAGCGUCUAGUGUUAUAACGUGGUUAUGUAAGUUACAGAAAUACAGAUAUAUUUGCAUGUA